GUGGGGGGGCUGUGUUUGGGGCGCCCCCAGGGUUUUGGGGUGCCCCGCUGUUGAGGGUGCCGUCCCCCAGGAGCUGCCCGGCUCCGGAUGCCGGCAGGAUGGCGCUGGUCCCCGUCGCUGUGCCCCCUCCUCGCCCGGGCAGACCAUCCUCCUGUCACCGUCACGGUGACAGCGGCCAUCGGCCAGGACGCCUGCCUGCCCUGCGGCACCUGCGCGGGGCCACCCUCAGCUGCACCCACCAGCACCCACCAGCACCCACCCACCCUGGGCUGGCACCGGCCGCGCCCCGAGCCGGGCUGGCAGCCGCCCGUGCGGCCCCACAGCCGCUUUAGGGGCUCAGGGGACAGGGGACAGCGGCGUGUCCCUGCUGCUGAGGGACACCAGCGAUCCCCAUCUCGGGAAUUAUUCCCGCUACGCGGCCCCGCGGCUCCUCUGCUCCCUGGCGCUGCAGCCCGCGGUGGCAGAGGUCCCCAGGGCCGCGGGGCCGGACGUGUUCAGGGUGCUUCGUGUCCUCACGGCCGUCUUCACCGUGGUGGCCAUCGGGGUGCUGAUGUGUGCCCGUGGCCAGGGCCACUGCUGGGGGCACAAAGGGGGUGCUGGGGGGACAAUAUGAAAACCCCGAACCACCUCAGCUGGAGCUGGGAUGAGAACUCCCCGGUGUCCCUGCGUCCCUCCAAGCGCUGUCACCGGGGCAGAAACCAAUGA